CCGAAGUGAUUGGUCCCGCCACAUCCAAACGUUUGUCGUUCAUUUACAACUAAAUUUUAUCCAAACACACCAGAUAACGGAUACUCUCCUUCUCCCCCCUCAAUAUCUCAAGAAAUAAAAAAACAUGUAAAAUUCCUGCACAACAGUUGAUUCAGUUUUUUUCCAUGGCAUCUCUGCCUCCAGUUGCGUUUAGCAACACCGUCAAAAUGGAUCAAGAAUUCAAGAAAUUCUCCGCUCCUUCUCUUCCAUUUGAAAAGAAAAAUCAUGGCACGAAAGUGUUGGAUAAAGAUUUGGGCUCGUUCAGUUCGGAAUUCAGAGAAGCACUUUCGUUGAUAAGAGAAGGUAACAGAAAACUUGAAUCAUCUUCUUAUGUUCCUCUUUUGCGAGAGUGUAUGGAGAAUAGUUCUGUUAGAGGGGUAGCUUCCAUUCACUCCCACAUUUUUAAAACUGGGUUUUGUGAAGAACUAUUCCUCAUGACAUUUCUUGUCAAUGUUUAUGCAAAAUGUGGUGAGAUGGCAAGUGCUCGUAAGGUGUUCGACAAUUUGCCUAAGAGAAACGUUGUCACCUGGACUUCGUUGAUGACUGGCUAUAUCCACAAUUCGCAACCCGAGUUCGCUAUUGAUAUUUUCAAGGAAAUGGUGGAAGUCGGGGGUUACCCUACGAAUUACACAUUAGGAAUUAUCUUAAAUGCUUGCUCUUCUUUGUUCGAUAUUGAAUUUGGGAAGCAGAUUCAUGCAUACAUCAUAAAGUAUGAUAUUGAGUACGAUGCAAGCAUCGGGAAUGCACUCUGUAGCUUUUACUCCAAAUGCCGCUGCCUCGAUAUGGCAAUUAGGGCAUUUCAGAGGAUCGAGGAAAAGAAUGUGAUUUCAUGGACAGCUGUAAUAUCUGCUUGUGGGGACAAUGGAAAUUCCGCUAUGGGAUUGGAUAUGUUUGUUCAAAUGCUUGCCGAGGGUGUCGAGCCAAAUGAGGUAACUUUGACGAGUGUAUCGAGUUUAUGUUGCACAAUGCAAGCCCUGGAUGCAGGAUCUCAGGUGCAUUCUCUGAGUAUAAAACUUGGGUACGAGUCAGAUUUGCCCGUAGCAAAUUCUAUUAUGUAUUUGUACUUGAAAAGUGGGUGCAUUAGCGGGGCAAAGAAGUUAUUCGAUGGCAUGAACACUGUCAGCUUAAUUACAUGGAAUGCCAUGAUUGCGGGCCAUGCAGAAAUGACUAGUCAUGCAGAUGACAGUCUUUCAGCCUACAUUUGUGGGACUGAGGCCCUUAAAAUAUUCCAUCGAAUGCAGAAAUCAGGGUUGAAACCCGAUUUAUAUACCUUCUCAAGUGUGUUAUCUAUCUGCAGUAGUUUAGUGGCUUUAGAGCAGGGGGAACAAGUUCAUGCUCAGACAAUCAAGACUGGAUUUUUGUCUGACAUGGUUGUCGGAACUGCCCUCCUUAACAUGUACAAUAAAUGCGGGAGUAUUAAUCGAGCAACCAAAACUUUUCUAGAGAUGUCUACAAGAACAUUAAUUUCAUGGACUUCAAUGAUAACAGCAUUUGCACAAAACGGGCACUCACAACAAGCCCUAGAAAUUUUCGAGGAUAUGAGAUUUGUAGGGAUUAGACCGAAUAAGAUUACCUUUGUAGCUGUGCUCUCAGCUUGUAGUCAAGCUGGAAUGGUUGACCAGGGUUUAGCCUACUACGAAAUGAUGAAAAACGAGUACAAAAUAAUUCCUGUAAUGGACCAUAAUGCGUGCAUGAUUGAUAUGUUUGUGAGGUUAGGUCGGGUCGAAGAAGCCUUUGACUUUAUCAAGAAGAUGGAUUUAGCGCCAAACGAAUUCAUAUGGUCAAUCUUGAUUGCGGGCUGUAAAAGUCAAGGGAAAUUGGAGUUAGCGUUUUAUGCUGCGGAGCAAUUGCUUGAACUUAAACCAAAAGAUCCGGAGAUAUAUUUCCUACUGUUAAACAUGUACCUAUCUGCAGAAAGAUGGAAGGAUGUUUCUAGAGUGAGAAAAAUGAUGAAAGACGAGAAGGUGAAUAAAGUAGUGGACUGGAGCUGGAUUAGCAUUCGGAACAAAGUGUAUGCAUUCAAGGCUGACACGAAGAAACAUCACAACGAUGAAAUUGCUAAGCUUUUGGUGGAUUUGCUUGAUAGAGCAAAGGCUAUUGGAUAUAAAGUCGAGACAAAUUUGGAGAUGACGGUGCAUGACGAAAACGAGGAAGCAAUAAUUGCCUUGGAGCCUGCUCAUGCCCAUCACAGUGAAAAGUUGGCAGUUGCAUUUGGUUUACUCAACACUUCGAACGAGGCACAAAUUCGGGUUAACAAGAGUAUUAGCAUGUGUAGCGACUGCCAUAAUUUUAUAAAAUUCGUCUCGAUACUGACGUCAAGAACUAUAAUAAUUCGGGAUAGUAAGAAACUGCACAAAUUUGACACUGGACAGUGUUCAUGUAAGGAUUUUGGUAAUCUUGUUUGAUGACUUACUUUCGGGUGUCGUGAUCAUUUAUUUAAUAAAUGAUUGUGCAAUUUCAUCUAGAUUUCUCGUUCUACUUUGUUCAUCGUAUAUUUCUUGCAUAAAGUUUCUCAUUUUAGCAACUUUUAUUAUGAAGAGAUCUUGAUCUGGGUAUUUGCUUGGAUGGUUCUCUGUUGCAGGGAACUAUUUUGUA